GAGAAGGAGGAAGGGAAGGGAAAGAAAGGAGGAGGUGGAGGGACAGAGGAGGAGAAAGCCCGAGCGGCCGGAGCUCCCGCAUCACCCAUGGCGAAAGAGAAGACCAAGAAGGCUUUGCAGGACCUGCUGCACAGAGCUGGCAACCAGCUGUGCGCCGACUGCGGAGCGCCCAAUCCCGACUGGGCCUCCCACACCCUGGGGCUGUUCAUCUGUUUGAACUGUUCGGGCAUCCACCGUAACAUCCCUCAAGUCAGCAAGGUCAAGUCCGUCCGCCUGGACGCUUGGGAUGACGUGCAAGUGGAGUUUAUGGCGUGCACUGGAAACAGUGCAGCAAAAGCAAUGUAUGAAUCUAAAGUGCCAUCGUUUUAUUACAAGCCAACGUUUUCCGACUGUCAACUCCUACGAGAACAGUGGAUCCGAGCCAAAUACGAGAGGAAGGAAUUCAUUUACACUGAGAAACAAGAACCUUAUUCUGCAGGUUACCGAGAAGGAUUUCUCUGGAAGCGAGGCCGGGACAACGGACAGUUCCUAAGCCGAAAGUUUGUGCUGACAGAACGCGAAGGAGCGCUGAAAUAUUUCAACAAAAACGACGCAAAAGAGCCCAAAGCAAUUAUGAAAAUUGAACACUUAAAUGCAACGUUCCAGCCCGCCAAGAUUGGGAACCCGAACGGCCUCCAGAUCACUUAUUUGAAAGACAACAGCACCAGGAACAUUUUUGUGUAUCACGAAGACAGCAAGGAGAUCGUGGAUUGGUUCAACGCCAUCCGGGCAGCCCGCUUUCAUUAUUUACAAGUGGCAUUCCCCGGAGCCAGUGAUAUCGAUCUGGUGCCCAAACUUACCCGAAACUACCUGAAAGAAGGUUACAUGGAGAAGACAGGCCCAAAGCAAACAGAAGGCUUCAAGAAACGGUGGUUCACCAUGGAUGACAGGCGGCUCAUGUAUUUCAAAGACCCACUGGACGCCUUUGCCAGAGGGGAGGUGUUCAUUGGCAGCAAGGAAAACCGCUACACGGUCCUGGAGGGCCUCCCCACCUCCACCCAGGGCAACCACUGGCCCCACGGCAUCACCAUCGUCACCCCCGACCGGAAGUUCCUCUUCGCCUGCGAGACUGAGAACGACCAACAGGAGUGGAUGGCGGCGUUUCAGAAAGUCAUCAGCCGGCCGAUGCUUCCUCAGGAGUAUGCCGUGGAAGCCCAUUUCAAACAUAAACCCUAAAGAGAGACUGACCCUGUGGGACACAAGAUUCUGUUUACAACACAACAUGGUUUUAUUUUGAAGUAUGAAAAUGAGGAAAAAUAAAUCAGCCACCUAAUCGUGUUGGAAACCAACCGAGGAGAACAGCGGAGGCAAGAGGGAAGGCCAGGGCUAGCUGCCAAGCUUAGCAGGGACCGAACGGACCCCCCACCCCCGGUCCGGCCUCCAGGAGGGAGAACGGUGCUCGGAAGAGCCCAUCGUUUCCGGCAGCUCCAUUUCCACGCACAGGCAUUUUGUACGUCUCACUACAUUGGCAGAAGACUUCCCACUUAACAGCCAACCCAGCCCGUUUCUGCAGGGAGCAGAUGGGGAACCGGGAGCUUGAAGGAGAGAGCGACUGGGAUAGAUGGGGGUUUGAAUCCUGGGUCCCACUGCUGCUUUUGAGUCUGAGCCAACCUGUCCCAGCGUCCGUCUCCAUCCGUCCUGGCCAGGCAGCGCCCACCGAGGAUCAUGGCUCGGCAGGCUCCAGGGGCACGAGAAGUAUCCGGACAUCAGACGUGGCCGUGGGAUGUCACCACAGCACACCCCAGACGUCGCUUUACAAAGGGAUGGAGAUAAGACUCGGUUAAAUCCCAUGAGCAUCUCCCUUCUUAAAGCAAAUGGACAUUGUCUGGGCAUUCUUUACGCCUCUUGGGGUACCAGGCUUCAUCCUCAUUUGGGGCUGCCGGACUGGGGUCCACCUGAAGGCCCCGAGGUGGAUGAGCUGAGGGCUACCCUCUUUAGCGUCAUCGUGGCCCAAUUUUUUUUGUCCUACCAGGAAACUGUAACGCUGUCUUUCCGGUUCAGGAACAGAGACAUUCUCUCCCCGCCGUCCGCCUCUCAUCUUCCUCCACCCCCCGGUAAGAUCUGGCAAAUGGAAGGAAGGAAAAGCAACCGAGAGAUAGACCUCAAAAGUAACUCCAGGGACAGAGGAGACGAUCUGAAAACAAUGGCCAGGAGUUGGUGGCUGUCAGGGGGCUCGGGGGGGGAGAACAAAUGUAGUGGGGAGUGAUUGAUUGAUCUCCUGACCCAGCCACGAGGCAGGCGAAACAGUCUCCUUGGGGAAACAAGACAGAGGAGCCCAGGGCACCGCCAGACUCACCAGGAGUGCGAUGAUUGGGACCUGGAAACAGAAUCACUCCAGCGGGAUGAUGGAAAUAGAGCACUGGACUUGGGUGGAAUUUGACCAAAUCCAGAAUGAAGAAGGCGAUGCCUUGUCACACAAGGAAUCUACUGUGCCUCCUGGAUUGACAGCAGGCCUGGGCUCCCCACCCAGGCCAGCUCCCCUGCUGGGCAACUGCCGGCCCAGCCCAAAGGCUAGGAGAUGCUUUGGGACAUGUAGCUUGCGCUCCUUCCCUUCCCUAAAUGCUCCCCAUCUUUGCUCGUGGUACCACCCGCUCUGGAGGCACGUCCUCCUCCCAAUAGCAGGAGAGAGGGCCGGGUCUUGUGGAGGCCCUUGUGGCCCCCUCACCCCAACACUUCGCGCCCCAGGGGGUCCUCCUCACCAUGGCUUCUGGGUCCUGCAGGCUGAGUUCCCCCCACUGGGCGACUUCCUGCUUCCUUUUCCUCCCUCCACCCCAGCCCCGUGCAUCCCAUCGAGAGCAGGGCGGCUUCCGUUCAGAGGUCAAUUCAGAAAAAUGGUUGGCAAAAUCCUCCGAGCGCAAGACUAUAAGGGCAUAGCCGUUGCCAUCAGUGGGGUGGGCCGAUGGCCCAUCCAGCCCGGCCGGUGGUAGGUCUCCAACGGUGGCAUUGGGAUGGAAUUAUGAGAUGGUUAUCCUCGAGGGCAUCCGUCCCAAGUUAGGGGUGAACUAGCUGGCACCCUAAACUUUCCCCUCUGCAUCCCCAGUCACCCGUUUUGCCCACUAAGUACGCUUGUCUAGGGUGCGGCCCCCUUAUCCACUCCUACGUCAUGCCCCAGUGGGGCACAACCGAUGGGGGCCAAGGGAGCGGGGUUGGCCCUGGGCAAGCCACCGGCACUAGAAUCAACUCCUUCACACAAGUUUUCAGGCCCGAAAUCCAUCUGUUAUUUUAACCAGAGGAGACCUGCACCUUCCCACUCGGCUCACUCUCCAACCGACACAAUUUACUGAGUGCUUCGGCCUCAAGGCUUCCUGUGGUAAAGGAUUCCUUGUCUUACAUAGCCCCACUUUGUGAAGAGUUUGUUUCCUUUUGCUAGGUUUGGCCCACGCUCGGCUCUCCCUCCUGUAGCGCCAGAACAUGCAGCCCCAGAGAUAGCGGGGAUGCGGGCACCAUGGCCAGAGAAGAGUGUCGGGUUGGCCACGUUCCACGAAGGGGCAGGUCCCGGCUUGGCCGGUGGUGUGACAAAGCCGCCCAUCACUCCUCAUUAUUUCCGGCCUUUUUGCCGAGCUCAUUUGUGAUUCUAACGCGCCAACCACGUCUCUGUUUUUCUAGGACAGUGGUGAGGGUGGCUGGGGAGGGGUAUCGACAGCCCAGAUGGCUUGUAGCCCGUAAUGGGGCACCCUGAGGUGGAGCGAGUGAGGGGGUGUGCCCCGGUGUUCUGCAUCAGAGGGUGGCGCGGGCAGGUGGUGUUCUCUAUCCCCUCCCUCACGGAGCCAGCGGGAUGGAGGAAGGGGCUGGCGAUUGUCAGCCCUCUGCUUUUGUGCCUGUAUGAACGGCUGCAGUCCUGGUCUUUGAAGGAAUGAAUUCUAGCAGCGAGAAGAGGAGCAGCGGUGCUAUUACUUAGUCAGACCUGUGGUCCUGCCCUCCCAGCAUCCUGGCCCUGACAGUGGCCAUGGGAAGCCCGCAGGGGUCCCAGAUGGGGGUCUGGAUUGAAAGUCAGGGGCUUUAACUGGUUCUCCCCUAUCACAGUGAUUGUCAAAGCGGGCAGCCAUCGUACGGUUCCUCUGAGCAUCCCUCUUGUAUUUUCUGUCUGCCAGUUUCCUGGGGUAAUCCACCCUCUAGGUUUACCACCCCCUCUGGGUGAAGAUGAUUUCUUUUCUUUCUGAUUAUCCUGCCGCUUUGUUUCAGUGGUGGGGUAAAAGUAGUGCAAAGUUUUGAAAAGUGGUAAUGAUGAUGAUGGUAAUUUAUUGUUUACUAUUUGCCAAGCACUGGGGUAGCUGCCGAAUGAGAUCGGACUCAGUCCCUAGCCUACACUGGGUGCUCAGUCUUGAGAGGGAGGGCGAGCAGGUAUUUUGUCCCUGUUGUACAGAUGGGGAAACCGAGGCUCAGAGAAGUUAAGUGAGUUGCCAGCAUUAGGACCCACAUCUCCUGACCCACAUCUCUCUACUAGACCACACUGAAUCUCAUGCGGAAGUGAUACCUACAGCCCCACAGCCUUGAAGAGAGUCGUCCCCACUGUUCAAUCAGUGUAGGGAGGGUGCGAAGCUGGCCCGCGGUCAGUCAUAUUGGAGCUGGAGGAAAUUGUCGGCGCUGAGCCUCCCGACUCUCCGCUCUGGGUUUGGUCCCGAGGGUCCGAGGCCUCAUAAGCUUCCGGCGUCUUGGUGAAACUCCAUCCCAGAUAUCAAAGUCCCGAGGCCUGGAGCCUCCUAAAGGAGGGGUCUUGGGUGAGGUGGGGUGCUUUUUCCACCCUCCCCCCCCGAUUGUCAGGGUGCUUCUCCCUGUUGGUUGCUGGGUUUUGCCGGCCUCAGGAAGCUUCCCCAUCCUGUCCGUUGCUGGCCCGGUGGACUCCAGGUGGCCAGGAUGGCACUGUGGUGAGUUGGCGCUGUUCUCGCUGGAGGCUGGUAGGGCUCAGGCAUGGGGCUGGCUUGGAGAAAACAGCUGGAGGGGGGUGAGAGUGGCGGCUCUUGAUAAUUGAGCACCACGCGGGCCUCCUUAUUGCCAGGAGCGGCCAUGGCCCUGUGACUUAGGUUGCAGCUGCUGUCCCCAAUUGGUCCUAUCACCCUCCCCCACCCCACCGCACCCCCUCAGCCCUCUGGGGUUGGUCUUCGCCCCUGGCCCUGGACAGUGGGGCAACUUAGCCUCAGGUCUGUCUUCACAGGAACAGCCAAACCAGGUGGCCACCUCUAACUUCUCCCAGAGAUUCCAACAGUGGAGGCCACGGGCCCUGUGUGGAUU